CUCUCUAUCCUUCCCAUUUCCAAACUCAAACAAAAAACAUCCCAUUUUCAUUUUCAAUUUCAAUACACCUUCUCGGGGGCCACCGCAACCCCAACCCAACCCAACCCAACCAUUCCCCCGAUCCCCUUCUUGCGUCUUUCUCUCUCCUCUGCUAUUCUGCGCCAUACCCUCUUUUCUUUUCCCCUAAAUGGUGUGGGAAAUUUGAAAACCACUCUAAUCUUUGGUAGUGUGAAAACCGCUAUAAAUUUCUGCACACAAUUACAACCGCACACCAACAUUCUCAAAUCUCACCCCCUCCCUCUUCUUAGCUGGAAUACAAACUAAAAUACAAACAAAACUCAAAAGAGAAAUGCACAGAUUACCCACGCUCUAUGUGGUUCCCCUCUAUCUCUUUAUCUUCUCGCUUUCCUCUCUCAAUGUUUCUACAGCCGGCGACGAGGAUGACCCUUUUACCCCAAAAGCUUUUCUUAACCGUUAUUGGAACAAGGAGGUGCGGAACGAUUUCCCCAAACCCAGUUUUCUCUUCUCCAAGGCGUCUCCCUUGACGGCCGUGCAGUCGGCGGCCUUCGCCAAACUCGCAGCCGAAAAUGCUCUCUCCUCUCGCCUUCCCGACUUCUGCUCCGCCGCAAACUUGCUCUGUUUCCCUGAUUUAUCCCCCUCUUUGGCCAAGCACGACAGGGACUCUAACUUUGCCGUCUAUUCCAAUAAGAACUUCACCACUUACGGCACCCAAAGAUCUGGUGGAAUCGACUCUUUCAAGAACUAUUCCAAUGGUGACAAUGUUGUCGUCGAUUCCUUCAGGCGCUACAGUCACGAGGCCUUGGGCCACACCGACCGAUUUUCAGUCUACGGCACUGACACCAACGUCCCAGACCAGAGCUUUAACACUUAUGCCUCCAAAGCCAUCGGAGGGGACGGCAAGUUCACAACCUACGAACAAUCAGUCAAUGUCCCAAAUCUCCGGUUCACCACCUACUCCUCUGAUGCCACUGGAAGAUCUCAAUCCUUCAAAAGCUACAGCGAGAACGCAAACGCUGGAGACCAGUCGUUUGUUAACUAUGGUAAACGUGGAAAUGGGGGUCCAAACGAGUUCACGGGAUACGGGACCAGCGCAAACGUCAUAGGCUCACGGUUUUCCAGCUACGGGGCAGAGGGAAAUGGGGCCAACGACACAUUCACCAAUUACGGCAACGAUCAGAACAACCCACAGAAUAACUUCAGGAGCUAUGGCGAGGGUGGGAAUGGAGCGAUUGAAAGCUUUUCUAGUUACCGGGACCAGGCCAAUGUGGGGGACGAUUCAUUCCAGUCCUACUCCAAGAACUCGAACUCUGCCAAGGUUAAUUUCGCAAGUUACGGGAAAUCCUUCAACGAGGGUACGGACAAAUUUAGUGGUUAUGGUCAGAAUGGGAAUGGCCAGAGCGUGGGAUUCAAGACGUAUGGUGUGAAUACGACGUUCAAGGAUUACGCGAAACAGGGAAUAAAUUUUGCGAAGUACAGCAAUGUUAGCUCUGGGGGUGCGAAAAUGUCGGUGAGCGGAAGUCUGGCAAAGAGGUGGGUAGAGCCCGGGAAGUUCUUCCGCGAGUCGAUGCUGAGGAAGGGGUCGGUGAUGGCGAUGCCAGACAUAAGAGAUAAAAUGCCAAAGAGGUCGUUCUUGCCUCGAUCUAUCCUGUCCAAGCUACCCUUUUCGAGCUCGAAGCUGGGGGUGAUGAAGCAGAUAUUCCACGCAGGGGAUAACUCGUCGAUGGAGACAAUGAUGACGGAGACUGUAAGGGAGUGCGAGAGGUUGCCCAGCGCCGGGGAGACGAAGCGGUGCGUGGGUUCUGUGGAAGAUAUGAUAGACUUCGCGACGUCGGUGCUGGGGCGGAACGUGGUGGUCCAGACGACGGAGAACACGAAGGGGUCGAAGGGGAACAUAAUGAUUGGGAAGGUAAAAGGGAUGAACGGUGGGAAGGUGACAGAGUCCGUGUCUUGCCAUCAGAGUCUGUUCCCUUACCUACUCUACUAUUGCCACUCUGUGCCCAAGGUUCGAGUGUACGAGGUGGAUCUGCUGGAUCCGGCCACUAAAGCCACCGUCAACCAUGGAGUUGCUAUCUGUCACCUGGACACCUCCGCCUGGAGCCCCGCUCACGGGGCCUUCAUAGCUCUCGGCUCCGCUCCUGGUCGGGUCGAAGUGUGCCACUGGAUCUUCGAGAACGACAUGACGUGGACUGUGGCCGACUAAUCGGAGAUGUGGCUCAUGACUUGAGAGGUUAAUUUUAAGGUUAAUUGCUCCUUCGCUUUUCAAUUGGAUUUCGAAAUAGAGGUAAAAAUCUAUAUAUAUUUUUCUUUUUUUUCUUUUUUUUGCCUUACUUAAUGUCCGAAAAAGGGUAAAUGUGAUUGUAAUUCCUGGAAGAAAUGAAAGGGAAUUAGAUGGGAGUUGAGUGGAUUUGGUUGCCAUUGCCAAUUGCAAAUUGGAUCGGUGUGUGCGAAGCUAGUAAAUAAACCAUAGAAUGCAAAGUGUGAAAAGAUGAGAUGAGGUGGUCCUGUAUCUAUAUAUAUGGGCUGGGCCUACAUUGCUUUGUUGUGUGGUGACGGAUAUGCCAUGAGACAGCUCACUCACUUGCUUCUUGUGAGUGCGACUCUUCUUUAAACCAAUAAUAGUUGGCUGCAUCUUGUGCACCCAUCUUUUUCUAAUA